GUGCAAUCACUGCAAUGCUCAGUAGUGAACAAGAUUCUUUAGAGUCGGCCAAAGUUAUAAUCCAUUCCAGUUUUUUCGAUGCUGGAUUUUUAAACCUGGGUUGUUUCAAACCUUGUUCUGUCUUCCAUCAAGGAGUUGACAUUUAUAAUUCACAGUUUAUUUGCUGCCAGCAAGUGGCCAGCGGACUGUGCAGUAUUGUGCGUGGAACCAUAAAAUGGCAUCCAUACGUCUCUCCUCCAGACUGCCUUGGUUAUGUACUCAUCUGCCCUCUCAGUACAGCCCCAUAGCUAAUCGCAGUGUUUUUAAUAAUAUGCUGCAUUACCGAAGUUUCUCGGGGUCGAAUGUCGCAGCGCAAGAUGCAGCCAGUGCAACGGGAACGACGGAAACUGUCAGCAGUCCGCCACCGGGUUCCGCCUUGCAGACGAUCGGGGUGAAGAGGAUGAUCGACGAGAAACGCCAUCAGUCUCUUUUGGGAGGUGGACAGAAGCGCAUCGAUGCCCAGCAUAAAAAGGUUGGGGGGUAAAUUAACCGCUCGGGAACGGGUCAGUGUCCUUAUGGAUCCGGGGACAUUUGUGGAAUACGAUGCAUUCGCUGAGCAUACCUGCACAAAUUUCGGGAUGGAGAAAGAAAAGUAUCCGGGCGACAGUGUUAUUACCGGACAUGGGCAAAUCAACGGGCGAACGGUGUACAUUUUUAGCCAGGAUUUUACGGUGUUUGGUGGGAGCUUGUCAAGCAUUCAUGCCAAGAAAAUCUGCAAAGUGAUGGAUCAAGCAAUACUGGUUGGCGCACCACUGAUUGGAUUAAACGACUCUGGUGGAGCUCGGAUUCAGGAAGGAGUGGACUCGUUAGCGGGAUAUGCCGAUAUUUUCCAGAGAAAUGUUAUGGCUUCCGGCGUGAUUCCGCAGAUUUCACUGAUUAUGGGUCCAUGUGCCGGUGGGGCCGUCUACUCACCUGCUUUAACUGAUUUUACUUUUAUGGUGAAGGAUACUUCGUAUCUCUUUAUAACAGGCCCGGAGGUGGUCAAGCAAGUAACUGGUGAAGUCGUGACUCAGGAACAGCUGGGUGGUGCCAAAACACACACCAGUGUGUCGGGCGUGGCGCAUCGCGCCUUCGAGAAUGAUAUCGAUGCUCUGCUAAACAUGCGAGCCUUUAUCAACUAUCUGCCGCUAAGCAGUCGUGAUUCCACUCCCCGGCGGGUCAACAUUGAUCCGUGGGAACGGGAGGUUCCAAGUUUGGAUACUGUGGUGCCACUGCAGUCCACUGCGGCCUACAACAUUCUGGACGUCAUUGGUCCCAUCGUGGACGAGGCGGAGUUCUUUGAGAUUAUGCCGGAUUAUGCCAAAAACAUUGUCGUAGGAUUUGCCAGGAUGAAUGGACGCACCGUGGGGAUUGUGGGCAAUCAACCCAAAGUGGCGGCUGGUUGUUUGGAUAUUAAUUCGUCCGUAAAAGGAGCCCGUUUCGUUCGGUUUUGCGACGCUUUUAAUAUCCCCAUUAUAACUUUUGUGGAUGUACCGGGCUUCCUGCCGGGCACUGCUCAGGAAUACGAUGGAAUCAUUCGGCACGGAGCUAAAUUGUUGUAUGCCUAUGCAGAGGCGACUGUACCAAAAAUUACCAUAAUCACCAGAAAGGCAUAUGGUGGAGCGUACGAUGUGAUGAGUUCAAAGCAUUUACGCGGCGACAUCAACUACGCCUGGCCAACAGCGGAAGUAGCAGUGAUGGGAGCAAAAGGUGCCGUAGCCAUCCUUCACCGUGGUGCGAAGGAUUUAAGUCAAGUGGAAGCGGACUAUGUCAAAGCGUUUAGCAAUCCCUUCCCGGCAGCCGUGCGGGGUUUUGUUGACGAUAUCAUUGAACCGCGAACGACACGCUAUCGGAUUAACCGGGAUUUGGAUCUACUACAGACCAAGAAAUUGAGCAAUCCGCCAAAAAAGCACGGCAAUAUUCCUUUAUAGUCAACGAAUCCUUUUUCGAUAAAUUUCUUCGGUUUUGGUAUCAGUAUCGGUAAAGGUUUAAUCUCUUUAAUGGUUUUAAGUGGUUGGAGAUAUUGUUUAUUUUAUUCCUUUAACGAAUGGGAUGUUUCUCAAUGUUUUGGUCUUUUCUUUUAAUUUCGUUUACUUCAUUUUCGAUUUAAAGAACGACCGUAGUUGUGAAGAAGAAUAGAAAUUUUAUCUUAACAAAAAGAUAAGCGGUCCGAAGAAAUUGUUAUGGGUGUGUUUUAAACCAGCUCGCAUUUUGGACGGGCCUUAUCUGUGUAAGUUUGGUGUGGGUUAAAAUUUUGAC